AUGGGUGUCGGCCGGAGGAAGUUGGUCCCAUUCUGGGUCCUAGCCCUGGCCCUGGCUUGCGGUCAACACACAGGCCAGGCCCGGCAAGAUACUCUGAAAUCCGACCAUGAACAUCACUCUGACUUCUCUCUGCUUCAAGGGCAUGAUGCUGCCCCACUCCAUGGGGUGACCAUCAUCCCACCUCUGAGGACCAUCCCUGUGGUACGAGCUCUCAACCCAGCACACACCGGGCGGGUGUGCAGCACCUGGGGCGACUUCCACUACAAGACCUUUGAUGGCCAGGUCUUCCGCUUCCCUGGCCUUUGCAACUAUGUGUUCUCUGCACACUGUGGGGCUGCCUAUGAGGACUUCAACAUCCAGCUACGCCGUGGCCGGGAGUCUAACGCCACCACUCUGAGCAGGGUCACUAUGAAGCUUGAUGGCCUGGUUGUUGAUCUGACCAAGAGCUCCGUAUUAGUCAACAACCACCCGGUUCAGCUGCCCUUCAGCCAGUCUGGGGUCCUUAUUGAGCUCAGCAGUGGCUACCUGAAGGUGGUGGCCCGGCUGGGCCUGGUCUUCAUGUGGAAUGAUGAUGACAGUCUCCUGCUGGAGUUGGACACCAAGUAUAUCAACAAGACUUGUGGUCUCUGUGGAGACUUCAAUGGCAGCCCAGAGUCCAGCGAGUUCCUCUCCCACAAUGUUAGAUUGACACCUCUUGAGUUUGGAAACCUCCAGAAGAUGGAUGGCCCCACAGAACAGUGCCAGGACCCCCUCCCUGUGCCCCAGAAGAACUGCUCCACCAGAUUUGGCAUCUGUGAGGAGAUCCUGAAAGGUCAUCUGUUCUCGGACUGCUCGGCCCUGGUGGACACCAGCAGCUACCUGGAGGCUUGCCGGCAGGACCUCUGUCUCUGUGAGAACCCUGACCUGUCCAGCUGUGUCUGCCAUACCCUGGCUGAGUACUCCCGGCAGUGUGCCCAUGCUGGAGGACAGCCCCAGGACUGGCGGGGUCCCGACCUCUGCUCUCCAACAUGCCCCCUCAACAUGCAACACCAGGAAUGUGGCUCACCCUGUGUGGACACUUGCUCCAACUUCCAGCGCUCCCAGGUCUGUGAGGACCACUGUGUUGCCGGCUGCUUCUGUCCUGAGGGGACGGUGCUUGACGACAUCAACCAGACUGGCUGUGUCCCUGUGUCCCAGUGUGCCUGCCUCUACAAUGGGACCGCAUAUGCACCCGGUACCAAUUACUCUACUGACUGCACCAAAUGCACGUGCUCUGGGGGUCAGUGGAGCUGCCAGGAGGUCCCCUGCCCUGGCACCUGCUCAGUGCUGGGGGGUGCCCACUUCUCCACAUUUGACGAAAGGCAAUACACAGUGCAUGGGGACUGCAGCUACGUGCUGAGCAAGCCCUGUGACAGCAACAUCUUCAGUGUGCUGGCUGAGCUUCGAAAGUGCGGACUGACGGACAGCGAGACUUGUCUGAAGAGUGUGACACUGAGCCUGGGUGGGGGCAAGACAGUGGUCAUGGUGAAAGCCACUGGCGAGGUCUUUGUGAACCAGAUUUAUACCCAGUUGCCGGUGUCUACAGCCAAUGUCACCCUCUUCCGGCCUUCAACCUUCUUCAUCAUUGCCCAGACCAACCUGGGUCUGCAGCUGGAGAUCCAGCUGGUGCCCAUCAUGCAAGUGUUUGUGCGGCUGGCACCUGAGCUCAGGGGUCUAACCUGCGGGCUCUGUGGGAAUUUCAACAGUAUCCAGGCCGAUGACUUCCAGACCAUGAGUGGGGUUGUGGAGGGCACAGCAGCUGCCUUCUUCAACACCUUCAAGACGCAGGCGGCUUGUCCUAACAUCAGGAAUAACUUCGAGGACCCCUGCUCGCUCAGCGUGGAGAACGAGAAGUAUGCUCAGCACUGGUGUUCUCAGCUGACGGAUGCCAGUGGCCCAUUUUCCCAGUGCCACACCACCGUGAACCCCAGCACCUACUUCUCGAACUGCAUGUUUGACACGUGCAACUGUGAGAAGAGUGAGGACUGCAUGUGCGCGGCCCUGUCCUCCUACGUGCGUGCCUGUGCCGCCAAAGGCGUGCUGCUCAGUGGCUGGAGGGACGGCGUCUGCACAAAGCCUACAACGACCUGCCCCAAGUCGAUGACCUACCACUACCACAUCAGCACCUGCCAGCCCACCUGUCAUUCUCUGAAUGAGGAAGAUGUCACCUGCCACGUCAACUUCAUCCCUGUAGAUGGUUGCACCUGCCCUGCAGGCACCUUCUUGGAUGACUCAGGCAAAUGCGUGCAGGCCACCAGCUGUCCCUGCUACCACAGGGGAUCCAUGGUUCCCAAUGGCGAGUCAGUCCAUGACAGUGGGGCCAUCUGCACCUGCACCCAAGGAACCUUGACCUGCAUCGGAGGUCCUGCUCCGACUCCAGUGUGUGAUGCACCCAUGAUCUAUUUUGACUGCCGCAAUGCCACACCUGGGGACACUGGAGCUGGCUGUCAGAAGAGCUGUCACACCUUGGACAUGACUUGUUACAGCUCCGAAUGUGUGCCUGGCUGUGUGUGCCCACAUGGGUUGGUGGCAGAUGGUAAUGGAGGCUGUGUUGUUGCUGAGGACUGUCCUUGUGUGCACAACGAGGCUACUUACAGGCCUGGGGAGACCAUCCGAGUGGGCUGCAACAACUGCACCUGUGAGAACAGGAUGUGGCGGUGUACCGACAAGCCCUGCCUGGCCACCUGUGCUGUGUAUGGGGAUGGCCACUACCUCACUUUCGAUGGGCAGCGCUACAGCUUCAGUGGGAACUGCGAGUACACACUGCUGCAGGACCACUGUGGUGGGAAUGGCAGCUCCCAGGAUGCCUUUCGUGUUGUCACUGAGAACAUCCCCUGUGGUACCACAGGGACCACCUGCUCCAAGGACAUCAAGAUCUUCCUGGGGAACUAUGAACUGAAGCUGAGUGACGGCAAGGUGGAGGUGGUCCAGAAGGGCGUGGGGCAGGAGCCCCCCUACUAUGUCCACCAGAUGGGCAUCUACCUGGUGGUGGAAACUGACGUUGGCCUGGUGCUUCUGUGGGACAGGAAGACCAGCAUCUUUCUCAGACUCAGCCCUGAGUUCAAGGGCAGGGUCUGUGGCCUGUGUGGGAAUUUUGACGACAAUGCCAUCAAUGACUUCACCACGCGCAGCCAGUCUGUGGUCAGCGACAUGCUGGAGUUUGGAAACAGCUGGAAGUUCUCGCCAUCCUGCCCAGAUGCCGUGGUGUCCAAGGACCCCUGCACUGCCAACCCUUAUCGCAAGUCCUGGGCCCAAAAGCAAUGCAGCAUCAUCAACAGUGAGACCUUCACUGCCUGCCAUGCCCAUGUGGAGCCCGCCAAGUACUAUGAAGCCUGUGUGAGUGACGCGUGUGCCUGUGACUCAGGGGGUGACUGCGAGUGUUUCUGCACUGCCGUGGCUGCCUAUGCCCAGGCCUGCCAUGAAGUGGGAGUGUGUGUGUCUUGGAGGACACCAGACAUCUGCCCGCUAUUCUGUGACUACUACAACCCAGAGGGUCAGUGUGAGUGGCACUACCAGCCAUGUGGGGCUCCCUGCAUGCGCACCUGCCAGAACCCUAAUGGACACUGCCUACAUGAUCUUCCCGGCCUUGAAGGCUGCUACCCCAAGUGCCCACCAACAGCCCCCAUCUUUGAUGAGGGCAUGAUGCAGUGUGUACGCAACUGUACAGUCACCCCUUCGCCUCCACCACCUCGUCCCUGCCGCGUCAACGGAAAGUUGUACCGACCAGGUGCGACAGUGCCUUCAGACAAGAACUGCUAUUCCUGCAUCUGCACGGAGAACGGUGUGAGCUGUGCCCAUGAUGCUGGUGCCUGUGUCUGUACCUACAAUGGGCAACACUUCCAUCCUGGGGAAAUCAUCUACCACACGACAGAUGGCACGGGAGGCUGCAUCUCUGCACACUGCAGGGCCAACGGCACCAUCGAAAGGACCAUUGAAGAUUGCAGCUCCACCACCUCCACACCCCCGACUACUUUCUCCUUCUCCACACCAGUUGUCAUGACCUCAAUGCCACCCUCCAGCACACAUCCCAGCCCUACCCUGAGUGUGGUAUACACAGGGACCCCAAGCAGGGCUGUGUCAACAACCAGCAGCAUGUCGUCAGUGAAGACCCCUGCCACUGCCUCGACUGCAUCUACUAUGGCCUCCACCUCAACCACACCAGGCUGCCAGGAGUGCCACUGGUCUCCCUGGAUGGAUGUCAGCCAUCCUGGACGUGGCAUUGACAGUGGUGACUUUGAGACUCUGGAGAACCUCCGUGCCCAUGGCUACCAGAUCUGCCAAGCACCAAGGGCAGUGGAGUGCCGUGCUGAGGACACCCCUGAGGUGCCGCUUCAUGUGCUGGGGCAGCAGGUGGAGUGCAGUACAACUGUAGGGUUGACCUGUCACAACCGGGAUCAGGUGUCAAGGCUCUGUGACAACUACCAGAUCAGAAUUCAGUGCUGUACCCCCAUCAGCUGUCCAACCUCCAGUGGUCCUACCCAGACCACCCAUUUGAUAACCUCCAGGACAGCUACAAUGGGGACCACGACCUCCUUAAUCCCUGUCACCUCAACUGCCCACACAGAGAGCACAGUUAUCUCAGGUCGCUCUACCCAUGCUCCAGGUCCUUUCCCCUCUUCCUCACCUCCCUUUUCAUCAGCUCCAAGUCCAACUACCCUUGGCCCAGUUAGUUCUACCGCCAUUAAAGUAAAUCUGUCCACUACUAGCCCAAUGCCACAGCCAACCUCAGCCACAUCGUCUGUGUCCAUCCCAAGCACAGGGUCCACCACAGCCUCUUUCCAGACUACCCAUGAAUGCACACAGGAGCUUUGCAGUUGGACUGAUUGGAUAGAUGGCAGCUACCCUAGGCCUGACAGAAACAGUGGUGAUUUUGACACUUUCAAAAACCUGAGAUCCAAAGGCUACAAGUUCUGUGAGAAGCCGCGCAAUGUGGAGUGUAGGGCUCAGUUCUUUCCCAACACUCCACUGGAGGAGCUGGGUCAGGAUGUAAUCUGUAACCGAGAGGAAGGGUUGAUCUGUUUGAACAAAAACCAGCUGCCACCCAUUUGUUAUAACUAUGAGAUCCGGAUAGAAUGCUGUAAGGUAGUGGACCUGUGUUCCACAGCUUCGGCUACCACACUUCCGACCUCACGAGAAAUAAGCACAAAAACAAAGACCAACUGGACCACAACCUUGCAUUCCUCUUCCACCAAGGGCACCAGUACUCACUCAGCAACAAUACACACAGAGACCUGGGCCACAAACAGUCCACACACAAUCACUCAACCAGGGACCACCCACUGCCAGCCACAGUGCAACUGGACCAAGUGGUUCGACACUGACUUCCCAGUGCCUGGUCCACAUGGAGGGGACCUGGAAACCUACAGCAACAUCCUGAGGAGGGGAGAGAGGAUCUGCCACCGGCCAGAGGAGAUCACACAGCUGGAAUGCAGGGCUGAGAACCACCCUGAGAUGAGGGUGGAGGAUCUGGGUCAGGUGGUGCAGUGUGACCCCACUGUGGGCCUGGUGUGCAGGAACCGGGACCAGAAGGACAUCUCUGGGAUGUGCCUCAACUAUGAGGUGCGAGUGCUGUGCUGCCGCAUUCCUGAAGGCUGCCCUGGGACCUCACCUGCCACUCUUUCCAGCACCUCAGGUGAGACUGUCCCCAGCUCGGCUCCUGUCACCACUUCUGUGCAUGCAGCAAUCAGUACGUCCACGCCCCGAACCAGGACAACCGUUGUGCAGACAACCAGCACCACCUCCACACCCCAAACCAGCUCAGCCUCUGUGCAGCCAGCCAGCACAGUGUCCACCAGGGACACCAGAACCACCUCUGUGCAGACAGCCAGCACAGUGUCCACCAGGGGCACCAGCACCACCUCUGUGCAGACAGCCAGCACCACAUCCAUGCCUAAACACAGACCAACUUCUGGGCAGCCAACAGACAGCACCACCUACAUACCCCAAACAAGCUCACCCUCUAGAGAAAAAUUGAGGACCACCUUCAAAACCCAGACCAGCUCAACCUCUGUAGAAAAAUCCAGUACCACAUCUGAGCAGCCAGCCAGCACCAUGUCCACCAGGGACACCAGCACCACCUCUGGACAUCCAGCCAGCACCAUGAACCGGGACCAGAAGGACAUCUCUGGGAUGUGCCUCAACUAUGAGGUGCGAGUGCUGUGCUGCCGCAUUCCUGAAGGCUGCCCUGGGACCUCUGCGACUCCCACUGUGACAUCAUCCCACAAGCCCUCAUUUCCAGUUGUGUCACCCUCAUCUGUGUCCCCGUCCUCAUCGACCAGCCCUAGAGUCCACUCUACCACCCCUUGUUCCUGCAGCGUGGCAGGCCAUUUGUAUCCUAUCGGAUCCAUCAUCUACAACAAGACAGAUCUUGAUGGCCACUGUUACUAUGCCAUGUGUAGCCAGGACUGCCAGGUGGUUAGAAGUGUUAGUCAGGACUGCCCCUCCAUCACGCCGUCCCCUACACCAGCUCUAUUCACAUCUACAUCUACCACCACACCCGUCAUUCAUCGGGAGCAGUGCAAUGUGGUCCCUCCAAGAAUGAAAGGGGACAUCUGGCACAUGCCUAAUUGCUCCCAAGCCACCUGUGAGGGCAACAAUGUCGUCUCCCUGAGCCCACGCCAGUGCCCAGAAGUGAAAGCACCAUCUUGUGCCAACGGCUACCCACCUGUGAAGGUGGAUGACCAGGAUGGUUGCUGCCAGCACUUCCAGUGCCAGUGUGUUUGCAGCGGCUGGGGUGAUCCCCACUACAUCACGUUUGAUGGCACUUACUACACUUUUCUGGAUAACUGCACAUAUGUGCUGGUGCAGCAAAUCGUGCCUGUGUUUGGACACUUCCGUGUGCUCAUCGACAACUACUUCUGUGACCCCGGAGACAGUGUUUCUUGCCCGCAGUCCAUCAUCGUGGAGUACCACCAGGACCGCGUGGUGCUGACCCGCAGGCCGGUUGAUGGGAUCAUGACUAACCAGAUCAUCUUCAACAACAAGGUAGUCAAUCCUGGCUUCCAGCAGAAUGGCAUUAUCGUCUCCCGCGUGGGUAUCAAGAUGUAUGUGACCAUCCAGGAGAUUGGUGUCCAGGUCAUGUUCUCAGGCCUCAUCUUCUCUGUUGAGGUGCCCUUCAACAUGUUCGCCAACAACACAGAGGGCCAAUGUGGCACGUGUACCAAUGACCAAAAGGAUGAGUGCCGCCUGCCUGGAGGGGCACUAACCUCUUGUUCUAAGAUGGCCCCCCACUGGAAGGUCCCCAACCAGCCUUCCUGCCAAGGACCUCCUCCAACAUCAACUUCAGUGGUACCCAGUCCUUCGCAGGCUCCAUGCCCACCAUCACCAAUCUGUGAGCUCCUCCUAAGCAAUCUCUUCCAGUCCUGCCAUGACAUCAUCCCUCCGCUGGCAUUCUACGAAGGCUGCUUAUUCGACUCCUGCCAUGGGUUGACCUUGGAGGUGGUGUGCUCAGCCCUCGAGCUCUAUGCAUCACUCUGUGCAGCCCAAGGCCGGUGCAUCCCCUGGAGAAGCCAGACCAACAAUACCUGUCCAUUCACAUGCCCUGAUAACAAAGUAUACCAGCCAUGUGGCCCAACCAACCCUCAAUACUGCUAUAGGAAUGAUGACGUCAGCACCAGCUUGACCCUUCAAGAAGCUGGCCCCUUCACAGAGGGCUGCUUCUGCCCAGACAACAUGACACCUUUCAGUACUAAUGAUUCAAUCUGCGUGCCUUCCUGCCAAUGGUGUCUGGGGCCUCAUGGAGAACCUGUGGAGCCGGGCCACACCAUCAGCAUCGGCUGCGAGGACUGCACCUGCAGGGAGGCCACACUGACCUGCCAAAGGAAGCCCUGUCCCCAGACCACCUGUCCAGAGCCUGGCUUUGUGCCGGUGCUUGAAGGCCUGGAGGCUGGCCAGUGUUGUCCCCAGUUCAGCUGUGCCUGCAACUUCAGCCACUGCCCUCCUCCUCUGCACUGCCCGGAGAAUUCCAGCCUGGUGGUCACAUACGAGGAGGGAGUUUGCUGCCCAAGCCAAACCUGCAGCAGUCGGAAGGGCUGUGAAGUCAACGGGACUCUCUACCAGCCUGGUGCUGUGAUCUCCUCCAGCCUGUGUGAAGCAUGCUUGUGUGAGGCGCCCAGCAAUUUCCAUGCAGAUGUCUUUGUGGUCCGCUGUGAGAAUAAGCUCUGCAGCAACAUCCAAUGCCCUCAGGGCUUUGAGUACCAGGUCAAGCCAGGGCAGUGCUGUGGCCAGUGUAUACAGAAGGGCUGCCUCGUUAAAAACAGCAACAGCUCCACCUACUUCUACCUCCCUGGUGAGUCCUGGCCUGAACCUGAGGACCCCUGUGUGACUCAUAAGUGUGAGCAGCUUCAAGAUGUAUUCACGGUUGUGACGAUGAAGAAGGAAUGCCCCAAGAUCGACUGUCCACCGGGCCACGCUCAGCUGAGAGAAGAUGGUUGCUGCUAUGACUGUCUCCUACCCCAGCAGAAAUGCACGGUACACCAAAGACAGCAGAUCAUCCGUCAGCAAAACUGCAGCUCUGAGGGGCCAGUGAGCCUCACCUACUGCCAGGGCAACUGCGGGGACAGCACCUCCAUGUACUCCCUGGAGGCCAACACAGUGGAACACAAGUGUGAGUGCUGCCAGGAGCUGCAAACCUCGCAGAGGAGUGUGACGCUGCGCUGUGAUGACGGCUCCAGCCGCACCUUCAGCUACACCCAGGUUGAGAAGUGUGGCUGCCUGGGCCAGCGGUGCCAUGCUCUAGGUGACACAAGCCACCCAGAGUCCUCAGAAUCAGAGUUCAAGUCCAAGGGAAGUAAGGAACAUGGCCAGUAGUCGGCAUUCAGGGCCAGCGAGGAGGUGCAUGGGCCUUCCCAGUAAACUGAGCAGCACUGCUGUCCCAACACUCCGCCCAGAAGUCCUCCUGAGGCCAGCAGGACACGUGCUGCUUGUUCAAGUGGCUUGAAUUCCAGACUUUCUACCUACCCAGCACUUUCUCUUCAAGAGGGACAUCAACCUCAGCUGUCCUUGGAGGUGGGAGAGGUCCUAUCCACUGAUUAGGAACAUGAGGACCACUGGACUCCUUUGGAAAGAACUUCAGUAUCAUCAAAGGAUCCCAUGAAUGAGUCACCUGAAUGCAGUAUCAUCUGUCUGCUUGGCUUCACUCCCACCUCAGCCCUGCACCUGUACCCCCUUUCAGAAAAUGGCCAAUUUAUUUUAUAAAUACACUCAGAGCAUUUAUGGAUUC